AAGCAACGUCCGUACACAGCCGGCAGGGGUGAAUAACUUAAGAAAUCCCUAAAACGAAACAUGUCAAGUAAUUAUAUGUCCACCCUGCCUGCCACAGAGCGUGAAUGAUACAUCCACAAACUUAAUUUGGUCAGUUUAAAAACACGUACGUCCCUUCAUUCUCCGUGUCAAACUGGUGUACACCAGUGGCCAGAAGUGUCUUACCGGGACAUUUACUCGUACCUCAUCGAGUCUCCAGCAGGCACAAACACUUCCUGAAGCACAGCGGUCGCAUUAAGUCUGCUCUGUCCUAGAGCUUUUAAUAGAAAAUCAUUUCUAACUGCGUUUGAAUGGGAAAUGGUGCGUGUGUUUGUGUCCUCUCCGCAGCAGGGUGAACUGACCUCUAAUGACCUCUGGUGACCUGAGCUGACCCUCACACCUGUUCGUCAAAAUAGUCAAUCUGCGCCGAAGAGUCAUGGACAAGAAGAAGGCGGAGCACAGAGUCAAUGCGAAGAAAUGCUCAUGGGCGUCAUACAUGACCAACUCCCCUACCGUCAUCGUAUUGAUCGGCCUUCCUGCCCGAGGAAAGACGUACAUAUCCAAGAAGCUGACGAGAUACCUCAACUGGAUCGGGGUUCCCACGAAAGUUUUUAACCUGGGUGUUUAUAGACGUGAGGCGGUACAGUCGUACAAGUCUUUCGACUUCUUCCGUCAUGACAAUGAAGAGGCCAUGAAAAUCAGAAAACAGUGUGCCAUCGUGGCUCUACAGGAUGUGAAAUCUUAUCUGAAUGAGGAGGGAGGGCAGAUCGCUGUUUUUGAUGCCACAAACACGACCAGAGAGAGAAGGAGCCUCAUCCUGAGCUUUGCGGAGGAAAACGAAUAUAAGGUGUUUUUCGUGGAGUCACUUUGUGACGACCCAGAAGUCAUUGCUGCCAACAUACUGGAUGUGAAGGUGUCCAGCCCUGAUUAUCCUGAGAGAGACCGAGAGAGUGUGAUGGAGGACUUCCUGAAGAGAAUCGAGUGUUAUAAAGUCACGUAUCAGCCGCUAGACCCUGAUGACCAUGACAAGGAUCUGUCCUUCAUCCAGCUGAUCAACGUCGGCCAGCGGUUCCUUGUGAACCACGUUCAGGAUUACAUCCAGAGCAAGAUUGUCUACUACCUAAUGAAUAUUCAUGUCCAGAAGCACUCCAUCUACAUCUGCCGCCACGGCGAGAGCCAGCACAACGUCCAGGGCUGCAUCGGAGGAGACUCCGAGCUCUCCAGCAGAGGAAAAGAGUUUUCCAAAGCCCUGCGUGGUUUCCUGGAAAACCAGAAGAUCCCAGACCUGAAGGUGUUUACCAGUCAGCUCAGACGCACCAUCCAGACGGCCGAGGAGCUGGGCGUCCCGUACGAACAGUGGAAAAUCCUCAACGAAAUCGAUGCUGGAAUCUAUGAAGAAAUGACAUAUGAACAGAUUAAAGAAACAUGUCCGGAUGAAUAUUAUCUCAGAGACAAGGACAAAUACCACUACAGAUAUCCAGGAGGAGAGUCCUAUCAGGACCUGGUGCAGCGUCUGGAGCCAGUAAUCAUGGAGCUGGAGAGACAAGGCAAUGUGCUGGUCAUCUGUCACCAGGCCGUCAUGCGCUGCCUCCUCGCUUACUUCCUGGACAAGAGCGCUGAUGAUUUGCCAUAUCUAAAGUGCCCCCUCCAUGUGGUCCUGAAACUCACCCCAGUGGCUUAUGGCUGUAAAGUCGACAUAUUUGACCUGAAAGUUGAAGCUGUAAACACACACCGGGACAGACCACUCGGAAGCUCCAGACAGGCAGUGCCGCACACUCUGCUGAGGAGGAACAGCUUCACACCACUAUCUAGUCAGGAUCAAAUCAAGCGGCCCCGUCUCUUCAGCGCUGGCAACCGGCCCCGGCUAGCCAGCGUUCAUGCCUUAUCAGCCACGCGAUUCCCUGAGACGGAGGAGAGCGAGGAGCUGAGCGAGAGCCAGGAAAUACUGAACUGCUUCAGCCCGUCAGACUCGAAAGUCACCAUUAAAGAGUGACUAUACACAAAGAAAGCGGUGUGACACCCAACACAAAUGAAAUGUUUUCUCCAUUCAUGAUUCAUGAACACUGCUUUGUGUAACAUUAGUAGCACCGGCGACGCCUUCAUCCGCUCUUCUCAACCCUGGUCUGUCCUCAAGCGCGGUAAAAUCAAAACAGGAUGGGAGUUAUUGAUUGAAAUACUCCAUAUUUAAUGUAAGGAAGACUUAGUUUAGCAAGUAGGUUCACAGCUUAAACGGAUUGAGUGGGCGUGGCUUAUGCCAAAUAAGGUGAUUGGCUCUCCUGAAUCAUAAUAUUUAAAGACACCAUGCGCAAAAAAAAAAAAAAAAGAAAGAAGGGAAUAUUCAAGCACUCAUUUUGCGCUCUUUUCUUCAUACUACCUUAGUAUUGAUUGAUUGAUUAAGGGCAAAUUUGAUUGGAUAUUUUUAAAUGUUUUAUAAGAUUAUAAUUUUAGCUGUUAAUUUUCUGUGAUGUUCUCGGUGUCAAUGUUUUCUCAUUUAUAUACACUGCUUUCUGGUUUUGAUUGUUGUGCUGAAUGUAUUAUCGAAUUUAACGAAUGUCUUGCGGUCUUAUGAUGUCAUAGGUCAUGUGACAGAGCAAAAUGUUUGUGAAAAGCAUGUUCUGGAAAGGAACAUCAGGGUAGUUCUUAUAAAUAACGGUUUUAUUUGUUGUAAACAGCUGAAACUCAAGGAAACUUGAUUUAGACUUUCAGAAGCAUAUGCACAUUAAUUACAGAGUUAGGUCUUCGGUCUAUUAGAACGUUUAAUAUUACUGAGAAUAUUGAAACUCAUAGAGUUAAAUUAGUAUUAAUGUUUAUCAUCAUUUUGGUUAUCUUUCAUUAUACUUCAUUAUAUACAUUAUGCUUUUAUCUUGCCUCAGAAGGCUAUAUUAAAUAGUUCUAUAAUUAGAAAUUUGAGUUCAAUUAGUCAGAUUUUUAGUAUGUUCUUAAUGUGUGUUGAAUUAUGAUGGCCUGUUAAGGACGUGUUUCUAUCAAUCGAAGGUUGCAUUGCUGCUUCAUGCAGCUUGUUAUUAAUUAAGUUAUUGCAUGAUUUGAUAUGAUCAGAUCUGUAAGUGCCUGUGCUUCACAACCAAAGUGUGACCAAAUCAAAGCCUGAAAAACAGCAGAUCUCGUAGAGGGCAGAUUCUUGGAUCACAUUUACUUCGGAGCCAAGUCCUUUGUUUUAAUGUAAUGUGUUACAGAAAAUGCAUUUUGUGUUGUGGUUUCAUUGCAUCACAGUAUCUAUACCACUGUUAUAGUUAUGACUAAAUAUAUAUGUCAUGCUAAUCUAUUGAUAAACAUUUUGUGAUCUAAUAAAUCAGACGGUGAUGCAA